AAGCCUGACCGUCAGUCGCAUUACUCGCGCCGGCCGUGUUGCACGCUCCACACUCCGCGAUUACACCGACCAUGCUGUUGCUGGUCCUCUUCACCGUCGUCGCCGCCGUGGCGGGACAAAAUGAUAAACAAAUGCCUAAGUCCAUUGUAACUCACCGGGAACAAUUUCGUGUGAUUUAUGAAUGGCAUUCUAUUGACUUUACAUGGGAAUCUCCCGAAGAUCGUGAAGCGAGUCUAAAUAAUAGCAAUUACAUUCCCCAAAACGUCCUCAUAUCGGGCAUCAACUACUAUGGUGAUAAUAUAUUUUUAACUUUGCCGCGUAUGCUCAGCGGAGUGCCGGCGACUCUCGCUAUGAUUCCUGCGCAUCAGAAUGAAACAACCGCGCCGAAAUUGAAACCUUUUCCGAGCUGGGCUGAAAAUAAAGUCGGUGAUUGUGCUUCUCUUCAGUUUGUGCAAAACAUUGAAAUUGACCGCAAUGGAAUAAUGUGGAUACUGGACAACGGUCGAGUUGGAACACUUACUCAAAAACCGGAUCCGAAAUGCCCACCAUCUAUUGUUUUAAUCGAUUUAAAGACUGGAAAGAAUGAAAUGGAGCGCAUCCCACUACCCAGCGAAAUAGUUGACCCCAACACAACUUACCUGAACGACCUUGUAGUGGAUAAUCGCGAUGGAGAUUAUGCAUACAUAACGGAUAAUAGUGCUGUGGAUCCAGGUAUCAUUGUUUUCCGUAGAAGUGACAAGAAGACAUGGAAGCUACGUGAUAAGAGGUCAAUGUCGUCCGUUCCGGAGGCAACGCUUUUCCGCAUCAAUGGCACUACGGUAAACCUGCCAGUGAAUGUGGAUGGUAUCGCUCUCGGCCCGCAAUUCCACGCUGAAAACGACACCAUCGACCGCACAGUUUACUACUGCCCACUUGCAAGUUUUCAUUUAUAUGCAAUUAACGCAUCCGUCCUACAAAAUGAAUUAUUGGGUGAAAAAGGUGAAGGAGCUAUACGUCCAUACGUCGUCGACUUGGGAACCAAAGCAUCCCAAACCGAUGGAAUGAAGAUGGAUUCAACCGGAAUACUCUUUUACGGUCUCAUUGGUAACUCGACCAUUGCGGAGUGGAAUACCACAGUUGAUUUUCAUGUCGGUCAACGUACGAUUGCCCGCGAUCCAAAUUAUAUCCAAUGGGUCGAUCGUUUCACUUUCGAUGACCGUGGACAGCUUUACGUUGUAGUCAAUAGAUUGUACAAUUUCGUUAAAAAUCAAGUUUCUGUAGAUGAAGUAAACUAUAGAAUAUUAAGGUCUUAUACAGGAUUGAAAAGUUAUGUUUACGGUGAAGAUUUGACCCCACCCUCCGGCCAUCACGGAGCGGGAGCAGCACCGACAAUUGGUGCUUCUUUACUAUUACUUGCAAUUGCUCAACUUUUAGUUUAAGAAUGUAAAACCGGUCGAAAAUUACACAUAUUUACGGCGUCGACCGCAACGUGUGUAUUGACGUUCGGAGAAACAUGUGACAUUACCAAAAAUUAACAAGUUACCUUGACCCCGAGGUCUCAGUGAUACUGAUAAUACGCAAUGUAGAUAGCUUUGUAUAUUUUGUUUGUAUAUUUAGUUUAGAUGUAUUAAGAUUAUUCAGUGGCCUAUUCAUGGCGGGUCAGAAACGUGUCGAAGACGAGUCGUGUCACUGUUCGUUGCAGCUGAAACAAAAGGUCGGGGACGCGUUGCCAAAUGCCUCAAUUCGCUCAACAAUAAACAUUCCAGCUAUUUCUGUAGGAUACGCGACAUGUGCGUGACACACAUAACAUUUUACAUUCGUUUAUGUACGGAUGCAAGACCAAUGAUUUUUGUUAAGAGUAUUGUAUAGUCUGCUACUUCCGUCAUUAUUCCGUUCGCGUAAAUACGGCAAAGCCCAUUAUUUAUCAUAUUAGAUGUAAUUGAUUUUAUUAAACUUAUAAAUUAAGGAAUAAUAUGUGUAAUGUAUGAAUGUAUACGGAUAAGCGUGAUAUUUGACGAGAAAUAAACGUGUUUAUCAUAUUAUGGUA